CAGGAACUACUCCACAAAACUUCAUUUCCGCUGCUGCUAAACUUCCCCUCACUUGAAAAAUGUCUGAGAACGUAGUUCGUCUGAACAAGUUCAAGAACAAAGGCAAGGAUGCCAAUGAGCUCCGACGCAGGAGAGUGGAGGUCAACGUCGAGCUCCGCAAGGCGAAGAAAGAUGAUCAGAUGUUCAAAAGACGAAAUGUGGCCACAUUUCCCGACGAGGCCACUUCUCCUCUACAAGAGAAAAGCCAAAACAGUCAGUCUUCCAGGCAGUGGACAGUAGAAGAGAUAGUUGCUGGAGUGACCAGCGGCAAUGUCGAUUCCCAGCUCCAGGCUACACAGGCUGCACGUAAACUGCUGUCACGUGAGAGACAUCCUCCCAUUGACCAGAUCAUCAGUGCUGGGCUGAUAGCCAAGUUCGUCGCCUUCCUGGGGCUGACGGACUGCCCUUCAAUCCAGUUUGAGGCUUCCUGGGCUUUGACCAACAUCGCCUCAGGGACGUCUGAUCAGACAGCUGCUGUUGUGGGGGGCGGUGGCAUCCCUGCCUUCAUUAGCCUGGUCACAUCCCCCCACCAGCACAUCAGCGAGCAAGCUGUGUGGGCCCUAGGAAACAUUGCUGGUGAUGGAUCAGCACUUAGAGACAGGGUCAUCAAGCAUGGAGCUGUUGCACCUCUGGUCAGUCUGCUGGCAGUCCCUGACCUGUCUGCGUUAAAUCCAGGCUACCUGAGAAAUGUGACAUGGACCCUGUCAAACCUCUGUCGCAACAAGAACCCCUGCCCUCCUUUGACUGCAAUUCAGCAGAUCUUACCCACUCUCAUUCGUCUCCUACACCACGAUGACAAGGAGGUGUUGGCUGACGCCUGUUGGGCUGUGUCAUACCUGACAGAUGGCUCAAAUGACCGUAUUGAGUUGGUGGUCCAAAGUGAAUUGGUGUCUCGUCUGGUGAAGCUGCUUGGCUCGGGGGAGCUGUCUGUCAUAACCCCCUCGCUGCGUGCCAUCGGCAACAUUGUGACUGGUACAGAUGAGCAGACUCAGAUGGUACUGAAUGCCGGGGCCCUGACCUUGUUUCCCCAACUGUUGCGCCACAACAAAGCCAACAUUCAGAAGGAGGCAGCCUGGACUCUGUCCAACAUCACUGCAGGGAGGGACACCCAAAUCCAGGAGGUUAUCGACGCAGGCCUUGUUCCAUACUUGGUUGAUGUGCUUACGCGGGGUGACUACAAAACUCAGAAAGAGGCUGUGUGGGCUGUUACAAACUUCACCAGCGGGGGCACUGUGGAGCAGGUGGUCUACCUGGUCCAAGCCAAUGUGCUUGAGCCUCUCCUCAAUCUGCUCUCCUCCAAAGACAGCAAAACGGUCCUGGUCAUUUUGGAUGCCGUUACCAAUGUCUUCUUGGCUGGGGAUAAAAUUGGGGAAUCAGACAAGCUGUGUCUAAUGAUUGAGGAGUGCGGUGGACUGGACCGCAUCGAGUCUCUGCAGUGUCACGAGAAUGAGAUGGUUUACAAAGCAGCUCUCAACUUGAUUGAGAAAUACUUCUCUGGAGAGGACCAGGAAGUGCAGAAUGUGGUCCCAGAAGCAACCUCUGAUGGAUAUGCUUUCAAAGUCAGUGACAACCAGAGCGAUUUCAAUUUCUAGAUUGCUGUCUUCUACUCAUCUAUACUGUACUCUCAUUUCCACUGUUUGUCCCUCUUUCUAUCUACUGUGUCUGUCACUCAUUUAAAUGUGGGGUUGUACUGUUUUUGUAUGUAGUGUACAUACUGUUUUAACAUGAAUGAUAAAACACGAUUGUAAAUAAAGUUGUCA